CUGUAUGUCUUAAAACAUGUAUAAACUCAUUAGUUAUGGAACAAAAAGUUAUUAUACAAGUUAACUCAUAUUUAUGGAAGAUCAGCGUUAAGUGCGCCUUUCAAGAGUAUUGAUCAGAAUCAGAUCCUGUGAGAAAAUAGUCGAUAAUCGACUACGGUUUUGAAGGAUUUGUUGCUUUAAAUGGCGAGAGAGACGAGCCCUGGCCUAAAAAUACUCUGGGUCUGGACCAUCGGCACCGCCGCCAUUUUGGUUACAAAUGUGGUGAGGACUAGACUAAGAGACAUGCAGCAAGUCAUCGACGAUGGACAACAACAACAGCAAAGUACUGUCAGUGAUUCAAUUCUAGUUGACCCCUUACCAGAAUCCGACGAGGGAAUUAUUAAAGAAGUCAAAACGUAGGUUUCUGUAUGAUUUGCAUAGUUUCGGUGUAAUGUGUUUCCUCCUGGAAUGGAAAGAUCUGUUCGAUUUUCUGUUAACUUAAGAGGGGAAAAAUUGUAUUUUGUGAGAGUAUGCUAUCUGUUUGUUGAAUGGCCUCACUGAAAAUUUUCUCAAAUAAUUUCAUGGAUUCAAUACUUUCAUGGGUUUUUUUUUUAGCAUUAUAUGUGCGUGAGUGGAAAAUUUCAAUAACUUAACAUUGAAGGAGCCUGAGCCCAAUCAUCAUGUUCACUGAUGAGUUUUCCGGUAGCUUGAUGAG